UUUUUCAUUAGGAUGAACGUAAUAAUAAAUAAAUUUGAAUGGAGUCCAACCCAAAUUUGGUUUAUCCUGAAGUAGCCCCUCCUACUUUGAAUAUCCCAACAGCUUGUCCAAAGUGAGCCACAGAGAUGAAGGCUGUAAAAGAUGCGUUAGAAUGCCCAAAAUGUGAUAAAAAGAACACAGGAUUCUUUGGAAAUGCCUUUACUGGUCUUUUUGAAGCUAUACACGAUGUGACUAUCGGGUCUGUCAAAGCUCUUAAAAAUGUAAAGAAUGAGUUCAAGCCGACAGUUAAGAGGACCUUUGGAGAGCUGACUUCAGUUAAAGAUGUGGUAAUACGUAAAGCUCAGACUGAUGAAGAUGGCAACAAUAUCGUUACAGAACUUAAAAUUGAGAGUAUCUAUCUCCCGAUCGCCAGAAAAUUCGGGAUUGUAGAUAAAAACAACCCAAUGUACCCAGCUUGUGAUCAAGACAUUGCUAAGUUGGAAGAGAUAAAGCUUGGUGAAGAAGAUAAGGAAAAUGAUCCUAUAACUGGAGAGCCUAUUCAACCUCAAUGACGUAUCUGCAUGACAGAUAUUGAAGAGGAUGCUAUUAAAACCAACUGUGGACACUACUUCGACAAGGAUUGUCUCAUCCCAUGGCUAAAAAUCCACAACAGAUGUCCUAUCUGUAAAGCUGUUGUAGCGAAAUAAGUAUUCAAUCUUUAAAAAA